UCAUUGACUUUGACAUUCUGCGUGUACUUACAGGGUCCACAGAAGGAUAGAAGUCAACUGAUCAUACUGGAUCGAGGUUUCGAUCCGAUCUCACCGGUUCUUCACGAGCUCACAUUCCAGGCCAUGGCUUACGAUUUGUUAGCGAUCGAAAAUGACGUCUACCGAUACAUCAACACAUCCGGACCAGAGGAACGAAUUAAAGAGAUCAUUCUGGAUGAAACUGACGAACUGUGGUGCGAGCUACGGCAUCAACACAUUGCUGUUGUCUCGCAGCAGGUCACGAGCAAGUUGAAGAAGUUCGCCGAGGAGAAACGUAUGGUCGGUGUGAAUGAUAAAACAUCCAUGCGGGAUCUGAGUCAAAUGCUGAAGAAAAUGCCCCAGUAUCAGAAGGAAUUAUCCAUGUACUCAACGCACUUUCAUCUGGCCGAGGAUUGUAUGCACACCUAUCAGAAUCACACAAAUAAGCUGUGUAAAGUGGAACAGGAUUUGGCCAUGGGUACUGAUGCGGACGGGGAACGAAUCAAAGACCACAUGCGAACAAUGGUCCCCAUACUCAUUGAUCAGUCGGUGUCCGCGUACGAUAAAUUGCGCAUAAUCUAUCUGUAUGUCGUACAACGUGGAGGAAUCAGUGAGGAGAAUUUGGCAAAACUGAUUCAACACGCCCAGAUCCCUUCUGCUCAGGCAUGCAUCAUUCGCAACCUAGCCCAUUUGGGUGUCCCGGUCAUCCAGGAUGCUGCCGGUCCCGGCAUUGGUCGACGAAAGGUGCCACAGCCAUAUCUUCCCGCAAAUCGGCGUCAGAGAGAAGAUGGUCCUCGUUAUCAGGCGUCACGUUGGACUCCCUAUGUGAAGGAUAUCAUGGAGGAUGCGUGCGAAGAUAAGCUGGAUGCCAAACUGUUCCAGUACUUCGGAGGCGGCCCUGUCAGAGGUCCAGGAGCGCGGGGAGGUGCGGGUGCGGCUCCAAUGUCCGCCCGUUAUGGUUUAUGGCACCGAGACAAGAGUCAGCAGCCCCGAUCCGGACCUCGACUAAUAUUUUUCGUCGUAGGUGGUGUGUCAUACUCGGAAAUGCGUUGUGCGUAUGAGGUAAUGAACACUGCAUCCGGAAAACAAUGGGAUAUCGUUAUCGGGGGAACUCACUUGUUAGUUCCCGAGGCAUUCCUGGGUGACUUAGAGAAACUGUCGUACCCACCGGGUGCUGCCCCACCGGCACCAGCCGGAAACACCACGAAUGUUGUGGUUGGAGCCGGAGGUGAGCCGGUCUAA